ACUGAAGCAUCAAUCGCACUUCAGCAUACACGAUUUGCCAAUUGGUUUCCAUCCUAUAGAAGGUAUUCACCCAAAGCGACCAUAAUCGAUCUUUUGCAUCUUCAACCUGAUUUUCUAGAUUGGCUAGAAGAAGAUGGAUUGGUCUUACCUUCAGGAAGCGAUAACACAGCUGUGAAUGCAUCAUCGAGGGCCACAAUCAGUGAGGAGGAUGAUAUUUCCGCAAAUGGCUCUACAUCAAGCGAAGAGGAUGAUGAUGAAGAGGAGGCAGUACCACGUAAUUUUACUGCUCUAAAUGAACGCAUUCGACAAAUCAUAGAUCAAUAUGAAGGUGCCGUAUUUCCCAAACUGGACUGGAGUGCUCCCUUGGAUGCAGCAUGGAUGGUGCCCGGAACUUCAUUACGUUGUACAGAGCCUUCCGAUAUCUAUCUGCUACUGAAAUCGUCCGACUUUGUUAACAAAGACGUUUCUCAGCUAUACGAACUAGCUCAAAUGGCAAAGGAGGAACAAGAAGAUGAGACACGCUUAGCACUUGCAAGCUCUACUGUCAGUCCACAGCUUGUUCUCAAAAAAUUCUUCUCCAUACCAACAUCACAUGAAUUCCGAUGCUUUGUUCGUUGUGGCCAAUUGAUCUGUAUCAGUCAACGUGAUACCGGUACAUUCUUUGAUCAUUUGCAGCCGAUUGAUAUGCAGAAUACAAUCUUAGACAAGCUCACUCACUUCUUCAAUACAACUCUGCGAUCAGGUUCUCAGAGCCACGCCUCGUCCGGUGUGCCGAUCUCGCCUUUUCCUAUAAAGGAUUUUGUCUGGGACGCAUACCUUACCAGAGAUUUGAGUCGGGUAUUGAUUAUUGACAUCAAUCCUUACAUGCCAAGGACAGAUGCACUCUUAUGGGAUUGGGAAGAAAUAGAAGAAGAAGCAAAAGAUGUGAUCCUUGCAGGAGAAUCAUCUACCGAACAACAUCGACCUUCGUUACGGCUAGUCACAUCUCGUGCUCAAACUACACAAUCGUUCCCGACAUAUGCUCACAACAUGAUGCCAAGUGAUGUGGUGGGUCUAGCACAAGGUACGGAUAUUGCAGAAUUUGCACGUCAAUUCAACGAACAGAUUGCAGAAGCCGCACUUGAUCAAACCAAAGAAGACCAG